GCUGUGCCACAACAUUUCCCACAGGUGCUGGAGGAGCUCAACUCUGCAUGGAAGAUUGGCCACUUCUCUCACUGGUUCGGUGGGCCACGUGCUGGACGGUACAUGACUUGCACUUUAGAGGACUUGUGGUCUUGGGACUUCAAAUACCUCUUCGAGACCGUGGUGCUUUUGCAGGUGCCUGUCUUCAUGCACAGGACCAGUUGCGAAUCAUCUUGCGGGAGAUGGGUGAAGAAGGCAACCAUUUGA